GUAAAAGCAGGGAGAGGAGGAGGAGACAGGAGAGGAGGAGCAAAGGCUGCAUCUUAUUUAUUUAUUUCUCUCUGUCUCGCUCCCUCUCUCUAAAUGCUUAAGGUGAAGAGUGCAGAGCAAGCCGAUCCCAACACAUGGUCUAAUCCUGCUCUGUCCCAGGAGAAGAAAGACCCGGAGAGCGAGAGAGACUCCCAAAGAGAGAGAAGAGAGGAACGUCUUCCUUACCAGCACUGGCAAGCAGGUGUGAACCCCCCCUCCUCCUCCUCUCACACCCAGCCUGCUACUAUUCCUCCUCUGCCAGUGAGGGAUCCCCUGCAGAUCCCCCUGCCUUUUCUGUGGACUUCUAGCUCAAGAAUUGGGGGGGAAGACGUACCCCAUUAAUUCCUCACUGGCCAUCUCUGAUGACAAUGUGUCUUUCAGCGCCUUUUUCCAAAACCGCAGCAUGUCCCCACGUGUGGCACUGGAUUGUAGUAGGGGGGCACAAGUGAGCAUUUUGAGAAGGGGGCUGUGCAUUACUAGCUGACUAGGGCAAGUGAUACCCAAUAUCACAAAGGUGUCAUCUGGAACCACCCCGGAAUCAAGAACUGUGAAGAGGAGCAAUGAUAUUCUUAUUAAAAGGUGACUUGUAAAUUAAAAAGGGGAGACUUUGUGCUCCCGCUCUACCCAGCCUCCGCCCAUCAAAUUUUGGGGUUGAAAGAAUUGUUGGCUUUGAAUUUUAAUAGGAUUUUCUUUUUAUUAUCUUCAUCUAUAGAACAUCUGUUGCUGCAAAAGACACCUCUCUGGACAGAUGUCAAACACACCUCCCUUUCUUUUCAAUGCACAGAAACCUUGAAAUAGAUCAUAACUGGAAUUUACAUUUUUGGCAAAAUUGAUGCUCUGUAUUUAACCCCAAAUAUCCCCACUAGGGAAUGAUUGGCUGAUAUCUGUAGAAGAAAUCACAUCAUUAAUGCACAAUAGAGCAGAAUGCUGUAACCUGCUGGCAUCCAAAAUAUGUAUUUUUCUCAAGUUCACAUUCAUUUGUGUGUAGCUUUUUAUCGGAGGAUUACUAUUAGCCCUUUGCUACCUGCUUUAUGCGGUCUGCCAUUCUACUGAAAUUAGUUUUCUGUAAUUAUUACAAUUGGCUAAGCAUUUGGCAGGCGCUAUAGGUUCUGACUUUCGAGUUCUUACUUAUAUGUGAGUCCUUGUUGCAAACACAUGAUUGAAUUUCUGUGUGACUAUUCCUAUGCGUGGCCAUAUUUUAAGACUAAGCACUAAAAUCUCAUUUUUUCUGCAAAUUACAAACCUGUCUUUCUAAAUAAUUCACAUUUUUGCAAUUAGCCCCCUUCCUUAAUAUUAGCUCUGGUUUAGAUUUUUUCCAGGUUCAGACUGAUUUGCAAAUUUACAUGCACAUUUCUUUUUUAAUCAUUCACUGGCUUGUCUGCAGGUGAUCUUAGAUACCGUCUGCCAUAGACCUAUAGUCCUGCCCUAAACUUACAUAUCUUUGGCUUAAUAAUUAACGCCCCCUUUGUCCUCAAGACUUUUUGCUGGAUGACUAUUUUCAAAUGCGGAUUUAAGUACUAUUUUUCUUGAAGACAGAGGGGUAUUUUUGAGAGGCAGUGAUGGAGAAGUUGGAAGCUGAAUCAGAUGUGGAGCCUCAGGGUCGCCCUCGUUCUUGCACCUGGCCACCACUUCCUGAAUCCUCGGAUUUGCCCUUGCCUCCCCCUGGCCUCGACCCAGGGCAGAUGCGAAAAGCCAAGAGUUCACGCAGGAAUGCCUGGGGUAACUUGUCUUAUGCUGACCUCAUCACCAAGGCCAUAGAGAGCUCACCAGAGAGACGUCUAACCCUUUCUCAAAUCUAUGACUGGAUGGUGCGAUUUGUACCUUACUUCAAAGAUAAAGGUGAUAGCAACAGCUCUGCAGGUUGGAAGAAUUCCAUCAGACAUAAUCUUUCUCUACAUACACGUUUUAUCCGUGUUCAAAAUGAAGGAACAGGAAAGAGUUCUUGGUGGAUGCUAAACCCCGAAGGUGGAAAGACUGGGAAGACUCCACGAAGGAGAGCGGCCUCUAUGGACAGCACAAGUGGAAAAUUUUUAAGGAUAAAGAGCAAAGCUGGGAAGAAGAAGCAGCAACAGCAGGUACAGACUGCACCAGAGCCAACUGUAGAAGGUAGUCCUUCUUCUCAACAAGCAAAGUGGUCUGAAAGUCCAUCUUCCCACACCAGUGAUGACUUUGAUGUUUGGGCUGAAUUUCACAGUAGAGCCAACCCUGUGGCAGCGAAUAUGAGUGGAAGACUCUCACCGAUUUUGGGAAAUGAUGAGCCAGACGAUCUGGAUGAUGAUGAUGUGACACCUUCCUCCCCUCUCAUGUACCCCAGCCCAUCUAGUGCCCUAUCUCCUAAUGCCCGCUGUUCAGUUGAAAUGCCACGGCUUACAGAACUAAGUGGUACUAUAAGUAUGGGUGAGGGACUUUCAGAUAAUUUACUGGAUGAGCUCCAGGAUGGUUAUAGUGUGAAUGCUGCUGCUGCUCUACGUCAACGCAACCCUGGAUUCUCAUUUACAACAAAGUGCCCAACUUUAGGCAACAACUCUAAUGCUUUUUGUGGCACUGUUUAUAGUCAACCAGCUAUGGGAAUGAUGAGACGGUUACCCAUGCAGACAAUCCAAGAGAACAAACAAGCUGCUUUCUCUCCAGGCAGUACAUACAGGAAUUCAUCCCUCCAGGAUCUUCUCACUGCCAUGUCCUAUGGACAUAAAGAAGGAGUUGUGCAAAGUGAACCAGGUUUAUCCACUAUGCUAGUGCCACAGCGCAACCAUAGGCAGAACACAGGCAUGCUAAACAAUUGUGACUCAGGACAAGUGCCCUACUCUGCUAGUCUAAUAAAAAGCCACAACCUGUACCACCCACCCACGCUCAACCAUCACUGCUCUGUUAACAACAGUGCCUUAGCUAGCUCAAGUGGACUGAUAAAUUCUGAAUCCUGUGGCUUGUCAUCUGUUCCACAUCACCCUUACUUCAGUAGUCAAGGUGGACAUGGAAGCCUGCUGGAAGGGCCAUACCAAGGCACAUAUCACCAUCACCACCACCACCAUCAUCAUCAUCCUCAAGUGUACAAUCAGGACAGAUUCCCAACAGACUUAGACUUAGAUAUGUUCAAUGGUACUUUAGAAUGUGAUGUGGAAUCCAUCAUUCUCAACGAUUUCAUGGACAAUGAUGAGAUGGACUUCAACUUUGACUCUGCUCUGCCACCGCAAGGAGGGUUUAAUAUGGCUGCCACAGCACAGCCUGCAAAUCAGAGCUGGGUACAAGGUUAGGUUGCAGUGAAACCAGUUUGCAAUGUUAGGUUAGAGGCAUUUCCUUCAUGGCAAUCAGACAGAUAUUUAUCUGACAUAAGUAAAAAUGUUUGGUUGAUAUAUUAUAUUGGUUUAAUUGGGCCUUUCUAAUAAAUGGUUAGGUUUUUAGAACUGUUUUGUGGGACAAAAUUAUGGUUUAAAUCACAUUUUGACAAUAAUUCCAAUUGCAUUUUGUUCCAAAAUGCUAUCUCCCACAAAACUAAAAGUUUGUGAAAAAGUUGUCUUUGUUUUGACGUUUUUCGGAAGUGAAUUUGAGACGUUUGUUCCCACUGCAAAGGUCCAACCUAAUGGAUGAUAAAUUGUGAAGUGUUUCUUUUCCCGAGGAAACAAAUCUCAGUUCCUGUGCACUAUGUUCAGCGUAUUCAUUACAGUGUAUUUAUUUUGUAAUGUCAGAAUAGCAGAGUUUAAAUUCCAGUAUAUCACUUUGUAUAAGACACGUCAUUAAAUAACAUUGAGUUGUAUCUCGUUACAUAUUGAAUGAGAUUGACAUUAUCUGGGUCCCUCUAAAGUUUGUAAGCCAUUCUGAGCACUAGACUACUUCUGUAUGGUACUAUUACAUGCUAUCUGAUUUUAUAUACUAUUCUUCAUUCUCAAGUCUCAAAAAGGAGGUAACAAAACAUAGAAAGAUUCUGUGCAAGCAUAUGAACUACAACAAUUCUCAUGUGAAGUGUGUUCCAUCUAUGUGUAUAGCCAACGUCUGGUGGUGUGAUGAAUUCAAAUGUCAUCAGAGACAGAAAAAGUGGGUGCAUUUAUGGGAAAAUAGUAAAGAUGGGCAUCUGCCAAAGAGCAUUAUACAGGACCGAGGGUUGGUGAUAAAAGCUUGGAUUACUUUAUCAUAUGACAGCUACUCAGUGUUUAUAUACCACUAUCUAAAAACUCAUGAAUUAUUGCUGUGUCCACAGUUUUAUGGCAGAAAAUCUUUAUGUGUGUGACCUGAUUCUGUGUCAUUUGCCAGAACACUAGCUUAAAACCAAUCAUAAAGUAUCUGGAACAGCAUUUCUUAAUUCCAGUACUCACAGAAACUCAGCAAGUCAGGUUUUGAGGAUUUCCUUAAUAUUGCACUUUUUAAAAAUUAGGGUUAUUAGAUGAGUAAUUGCUAAGGUGUUCACUUUAUAGAGUCUGUUUUAAAACAUGAUCUGUUUGGGUUCCUUGAGGACUGGAUUUAAGGAAUCCUAGGGCAGGGGUUAUCAAGUACAUAACAAUGUUCUUAAUAGGUCUACCCUAUACCGAUCUGUAUGAAUUUGUGUUUUAAGGGUAUAUUCAUACAGUGGAAAUGUAUUUAAAAAAAAUACCAUAAAGACAAACUCAGGAUAAUUGACAUGAUAAAUUAAAAACAAAUGACAGAUACAAAACCAAACAGUGGUUGGUCAGUUUCAUAGUACAUUUAUUUUAUGAAAAUUCUGACCAAUAGUACAGUUUCAGCCAUAAUGUGACCAAGUGUAACAUCCGUAUUGCAACCACACUGUCCAGACCUCCCAUGGCUCAACUAAAUUCAACCUAGAUCCAUAGAACCUUAUGGUGAUCAUAGUCAGUUUAGAAGAACCUCAUGGAAGUUCUGAGUACUGCGGCCAUAACAUUACAGCCUUUGGAACCAGCCUAAUACCAUAACCCCUUUUUCUGUAUGAAAAUAAUGAAUGACAACUGUUAAGAGGAAAAAUUGCAAGGUGAACAUAUGACAUUAAGAAUCACUGACCUUAAUAGCACUACAUGAUUUGUUAUAUAUGAAUUGGUAUUUAUUAACAGCAUCUUCUUUCCUUAUACUAAAAGAGGACAGUUACUGAAACUAGCACUUUUUUCUUCCACAAAGCACAAUCGAGAUUGAUGGGAGCGUCCACCUUCAGAAUAGCAGUAAAAGGGCAUUUUCAUUGAAUAAAGUUGCACAUAAAUUUCUGUUAUGGUGCUACAUCUAUUGUAAUGGUUAUUAUAGCUAUUUUAUAUACUCAUCUAAAAUAGAUUUACAAGUAUACAGAUGAGGAGAUUUAUGAAAUCUAGUAUAAAUAAACCCACAUUGCUCAUAGUCACCAGGUGGAUUACAGAUGGUCAUUUUCCAUGACACGUUGGGCAUACUGAUAUCCUUCAUAUAUCAUAGCAGAUAAUUUUUGAUUAAGAAUUGUGCCAAAGGUUAACCCCCAAGAAAGUACAAAAACAUAAGGGACAUGUUUUAUAUGCUCUUGACAAAGCUGUAGGUGAGAAGCUCCAUGACGUAGCUUUACAAAAACACCCAGUGACAAUGUACAAAAUGUUGAAGAUUCUGCACAUACAUAAAAUGGCACAAAAAAUGUUUUUUUUUUUUUUUUAUGCCAAGAUCACGUUUGGUGAUGCAGUUAAAACUCAUGCCACAUAUGUAUAAAGGGUAACAAGGCAUUUUGUGAUUAAGUAUUGGGAAUAAAUUAAUAAGAGUUCGACAUUAUGAUCUCCCUGCAACAUGUUCUACUUUUCUACACCAUUUAUAAAGGGAAUCUGUCACCAAUUUAAUGCUGCUAGGUUCUAACAGUUUCAGAGCAUGUCAUUGAGUCCCCAUAUUCAUGAGCACCUGACGGAGACAGCCAGGAGCUCAUGAAUAUUCAGGACUCAUCAGCAUGCUCUGGACCUGUUCAAUAUAAGGGUUUAGUAACACGGCUGGGACAAUUAAAGAAAGUGACCCCACAUUUUGCUAAAGGGAUCUGUCACUAAUGUCAGCUACCCUUUGAGCACCAUAAAACUGGUGACAGAUUCCCUUUAAAUAUAAAAAUUUAGGUUGAAACACUUUUAAACGUACCCUUUGCCUUCUGAAUAUAUCAAGCUUCUUCCUGCCAACCCAACAGUAAUCAUUUGAAACAAAUGAACAAAAAGUGUCCAAACCUUUGCAUUUUUGACAGAUCUGUCUUUUCAGAUAGAUCCAAACAUACCGUGCUAAUGUAUUCCCAUACACUGGACACAUCUGACAUAUAUAGGAGUAAAACGCCACUUUUGUAGUGCUAAAAGUUAGGCAGAGACUUUGUUACAUGCCAGAAGUGCUAUAACAUGUUGGAAACUGGGCUUGGUAAUAAAUAAGCUGGGGUAGAUUAGAUUUUCUGGCAAAUUUGUCUAAUUUAUUAAGAAGCAUCUGCCUCUUAAAAAAUUAUCGUAGGCGCAUCUCACUCUGCUGCACAGGGGAUUAAGGCUUGCGUAUGGAAACAGCAGUCUUGAUAAACCUCCACCAUACUAUUUUGUGGUGUCCUGUACUUUUUAAAUCUCGUAGCACACAUUUUCUGUAGAGUCAAAAACUGGCAUCCUUAGGCUGGGUUCACAUGGCCGUGAU